AUGUCCACCUUCGCUGAUUCAACGAGCGCUUCGCCCAAGAUGAGCACUUCAAGCUCCUCUUCGAUCCAACACUUUGUUGUCCCCGUGGCCUCGCCAUCCACGCCAAUUUUGCGCCUUAAGAACCACUGGAAGAACGUCAAGAAGGAGUGGGGCCCCCUUAUGGCGGCCAAAGAACAUCUCUACGACGAGUACACUUUCCCACCUGGCCGUUACGCUGGCCAGGGAAUCCAAAAAUAA